AUGGGAGGCCCCAGAGUUCCAGAGCAAGCAUCUCUGGAGCGGCUCAAGGCUCUGGAUGGGCUCCUCACCACGGCGGCGCAACUGGAUGAGGCCCGGAAACUAUGCACUCACUGGUCCAGGGCGGAGAUGAGCCUGCGAUGGCUGCUUGGGAAAUUGAAGGCAUCACCCGAUGUACGUCGGGAUUCUGCAAGCUGGGACUUACUAUGUUCGUGUCUGCGGCUUUUGUCGCCUCAGCGAGUAGCUUCUGUGCUGGCUCAGAAUGGAUUCAUCAACGCUCUGCACGCGACGUGUGCGGAUUCGGAUUUGCCAUUCAUUACUCUGCGAGCUGUUGCUGGACUCGUCCAUCUUCUGCUUGAGAUUGCGGACGGAAACGAUGGAGCGCCGAUCAAGUCUCUGCUCAUGACCGACUCCUCUAUUGCGGCAACAAUUUGCGGCGACUGGCUCCAAAAGGUGUACGAUGAAUGCAGUGGGAAUGUUCAGUCGCAGUCCCUCCUCUCUGAACAACCGAUGUUCUAUCCUGCAUUACGCAUCUGGGACCUGCGCAAGAAGACAGACGCUGAUGACGAGCUGUUCAACGCGAAUUGUUUAGUCCCCGCAUUGCAGCUGCUGACUCUGCUCCAAGAAGGGAGACCGUUGAGUCCUCGAAAGCGUGCGAGGGCAGCGCCGAAUGCUCACAUAAGACAAGAUUACAAGCGUUCCUUGGAGUCUCUGGUAGCUAAUCACACCGUCCUCCCCGCUAGGACGGCGUUCUUCAAAAAGGAUGGCCUUUCUGCUCGCAAACCAACCGGGCCAAAGGUCAGAAGAACGCAGCCGGCCCUCCAAGAGAGAUUGGGCUCCCUAAAGAUGGCAAUCUUGAGCAGCGACUCCAAAAAGAUUCUCAGUACGGUGCAUUUGGUGCUGGACAUAGCCCUUCGCUCAAAGUCGACCCCAACUCCACGCCAUCGGAUCAGUGAAAGACCGUGGGUAGAAGAAGUCUUCUCAUCACUACGAAGCUGCUUUUCAAGCCAAGGACGAACACGGAAAAACAUCGCUUUAUCUGCCAUGGCUGAGGUACUGCUUGAUAAUUCCACCUUACUAUCGCCGUCAGUCUUAGCGGCGAUUGUCCAGGAGCAUGGGCUCUCAAACGGCAAUUCAGAGCUGUCCGCAGAUUGGCAAUUGAUCGCGAAAGUGAUUCAAGUAGAUGCGAACAUCUUCCUUGAUAAAACUCUCACGCAAUCCGUCCUUGAGGCCGUGGCCUCUGAUACCAUGAUUGGCAAGAAACAAGCGGCCGAAGCAGAUUUUUCUCCGGGUCUGCUUGAAGAAAGAAUCAUUGUCCCGAUCAUGAAGGUCUACGCACGUAGCCGAAACCUGGGAUCCUUCAUGCACAUGUGGCACACGCAGCUGGCCCAACUAAACGUCAUGAAGACACAGACAGUCUGGAGCCGUCUUGGCAUACCUUUUGCCACCGUCGUGGAAGGGUCUCUUCUCACCGAUGAGAUCUUUGCUUUGAUCGAUGACUAUAGCUCCAAAAUCAUCUCUUCGGCCUUUCAGAAAGACGUUGAUGGUGCUAAUGAAGCACAAUUGUCUAUACAUGCCGAUUUAGUCCUGCUUGAAGCUUUGCUGCGUGGUGCGCAGAGCGAUGACCUGAAGCAAAGACUGCGAGAAAAAGUAGACCUACUCUUCGAAAGCCUAGUGCGACUAGCUGAUGGCGAGACGUUAGGCUUAACGCGUGUCAUGCCUUGUCCGUUCUGGCAGACACUCACUCAGGUCUUCCAGCUAUGGCUGCCUUUCUGGGUGAAUGGUAAAGAGCCUAGCCAGGUUUCUCAGCGAGGAACGUCUGUCUUAUCCAGCGCGAUGUUCAAGCAGGCAAUUUCACAGUGUGAAGCAUCUGAUGAAACCAGCCGCCAAGCUAGCGCAUCUCUCGCAGCUCGAAUAUUCGUUGCUGUUGUAUGCGAUCGAUUUCAAGUCUUCGAUGAAGAUGGCGAGUGCGCAGGUCUAUGCCAAUCAGCGAUUGAGCACCUCGGCCAACAAAAGCGCGAUCCUCUUCCCGUUCUACUCAAAUUCCCCAAUCUGAUACCGAAGCUUCGGCCUGACACGCGCAAGCGAAUCCUUUCUUCGUUGCUGGAUGACAGGAGCAAGCAGCCAAUGACAGCAGCUCUGCAAAGCUGCCUCAAUGGCGAGUGCCUCCGCGACUUUGCGCAGGUUUGCGUAGAGCGACUGAAGGAAUGUCAAAGUGGUAAAAGCGCUACGCUCCGUGAGCUUGAGCCCCUGUCUGCACUUACAAGACUGGAUGCUCUUUUACUGGAACCGGGUCAGCACAUCGAAAUAAUCGACGCUGUAAUUGCACUUCCGCCGAUUGAUGGAGAUGAGUUUGGUUCUUCGCAACUUCAGCACCGCCUGUCAACCAUCAUUCACAUUCUCGAAAUUCCACGCUUUCAAGGUAAUCUUCUGAGUAAUGUCACUGGAUUCUGGAAUCUAGCCGACCUUUUUGGCCGUGACUACCACGAGGAUAGCCUGCCUCUGCUCGAAGAAGUUGUACGGUCUGCAGUUGGGUCAUGGCUGGCGAUGCAAGAUAAAAAGCAAUGUCGUGAAGCACUUGUGGAAUGGUCGAAGCGCAUCAAGAAGCACAUACGUAACUCCAGCAAGGAUAACGACUUUACCAAUCAGCAAGCUCACUUAGUUAUAGUCAAGGCGUCUAUCACUGCGCUGGAAAUCGGCGCUCAACAAGAACUCAAGGAGGAGCUCGUGCACAGAGAUCAGAAGACGGUUGAGCUGUGUUCCAGAACUUUGAUGAAAGACGCUCAGUCGCUAAUAUCGGCCUUGGCGAAAAGCAGUGGCCUGAAUGCAGCUACUACUGGCCGCUUGCAGCGCCUGAGUGGGGUUUUGGAGACUCUAGAAUCAUUGCCAGAUCUCUAUUGGCCCUCUUCCGAUCCAAACGAAGAGAUCACAAAUUUCUGUCGAUCUGUCUUUGACACCGUCCUUGCCGACGACUUCGACAGAGCCCUGAACACGGGCGUAUUGGUGGCCAACUUCCAACUGUGUUGCAAGCGUGCCAGGUAUUCAGGCGAUGCUCUCACAGCUCUGGCUCUGCGCCUCCUCCAAUAUGGUCUGGAAGCUGUGGAACAUCACAAAGUACUGCUUGCAUACGAGUAUGCCCUCACGCACGCAACAUUUGACUGGAAGUCAUCUGCGAUCAACAGCUUGCAUGAAGUCGAGAUCAUGCAGUCGACGUCUGCCUUGAUGCUUCUUCGAAAAUCCACAAUGGCACUGACCAAGGAAGAGGCUGAGUCCCACCCCGAGGCCGGCGUAUCAGAUCUAAUCCAUAAGAGCCUACAGGUCAUUGUAGAAGGGCACACUGUGCAUGUCCGCCGCACAGCUCUGCAGACAAUUGCUGAGAUGGUGAAAUUGAAACCGUUCCUGUUCAACCAAUAUGGCACCGAGCAAACGCUGGCAAGCAUACAUCGCCUCCUUCUCCAGCCUGCGUCUGGCUCUGAAUUGUACCUGGACAUCUGCAACCUCCUUGCAGCCAUGUUAAGACAGCACCAAUCGCGAUUGCAAGGACGCUCUCACGUGGUGCUGACCGUGUUCCACGGACUCAUCACCUGCUUACUCGAGAGACCAUCGAAGAAUGCAGUCAGUCACGCAAAUGCUCUCGCGAGGCUUCUGGAGACUUUCUGCAACCCCCUCGUGCGACCCAAGAGGAAUAGCUCUAUGCUUGUCGACGAAGCUCGAAGAGCACAAGCACACGCCGGUCGGUAUGCACGCUACAUCCUGCAUGAUUACUGCAGUGCUGUCCUGACCGGUACGUUGGGAGAAGGAGUAAGGGAUGCUCUGUUGCAAGGCUUGUGGGCUGUCAUUAAAGCCAUGGAGAUCAACAAUUCGGAAGGCAUCAAGUCGCUGAGCGCUGCAAUGAACAACAGUGAGAGAGCGGUUUUGAGGACACUGUAUGAAGACUACAAGAGGUCGGGCAAGUGGGAGGGGCUGUAG